CUCAAGAUGCUCCUUCCACAUGGCGUUCCGACGCUGGAGGCCAUGGCCACGAAAAAUUUCACUCGCCCCGAUAACGUAUUCCUCUCUGACAGCUUGAUGGACAGAUGCGCCAAGUGCACGACGGCUCCAGGACAAAGACCGCCGAAGACGGACCACAUACCAAUAAUAUGGGACAUCGAACUCUCACUCAAACGCAAGGAAUACCGUCCGCGCCUCGCAUGGGCAUUGGUCGACUGGGAGGAAUACCGCGAGAAGCUUGAAAAACGACUAGAACCGCACCCCUACCCGGAGGAGAUCGAGAAUAUAGAAGAAUUCCAGGAAGUUCUAACAACACUCCAAAAAGCGAUUCAGGAGACGACCGACGAAUGCGUCCAACGCCACAAGAUCGUACCGUAUACCAAGAGAUGGUGGAACAAAGACCUCAACGAGAAACGCAAGCUUGCGCGCCAACUCGGCAAGAAGUCAUACCACUGCCGCCUCAACGGACGCGACCCCAUACACGAAGAAUAUCGACGGGCCAGGAACGACUACACCAACUCGAUCAAACGCGCGAAGAAAGAAUGCUGGACGCGAUGGUUGGAAACGGUGAAUGACCUAACAAUGUGGCAGACCAGCUCUUUCAUUAGCUCCCCUUCCACAGAU